UUUAUUUUAUUUCUUUCUUAUUUCUUUAUUUCGUUCAAACAAUUUAUGAAUGUAAUAUUUUGCAUGUGCCCUGUAAUUGGCUGGCAACCAGUCGAGGGUGUACCCAGUGUUUUUAAAGCAACAUCCGGGUACUUGCGGAGCACUUCCAUACGGGUAAUUGACAAGACCCGCCUCUUACGGAAGUUGCCGUGACAACAUUAAAACGAUCCCAGCUCAUUCCCAGUCGUUUGGCUUGUGGUUUCCAGGCAACCGAGACACAAGUCCGAGAAAAAAAGACAUCCGGAACAAUCCGAAUAGACUUGUUUCCAUAUAGGACUCGAGGUGGAUAAACUAUCUCGACAUGAUGACCUCCUCGCUGCCUUUCUUGGUCGACCAUGAACGUCUGAAGCUAAAAGUGGAGAGAAAGAUUCGAAAUAUUUUUAUAACGCAGCCUGAUGACUCCAGGUCGAGAGAGGAGAAUGUUAAUUACAUGCCAAUUGUAACGGAGGAUCCUAGCAGAAUCCUUAACGCUGGAGUGAACACGUUACAAAAGACUCUGGUUCUGAAGAAACAAACCGAACUGGAAGAAGUGAACGACCUUCUUGCUCGCAAAAGAGAAGAAUUCAAAACAAACGUGGAGAUUCUGGCUAAGAGGAGAACUGAACUGGAACUCAAACACCAGGAGACUAAAGAAAAAGCGAUGAAAUUUGGCGAAUUUGUGAGUGAAAGUGAAGCAAAGCGAAGUCGAUCCUUGCAGGAGUACAAGGCGGUGCGGGAGCAGAAUUUGCUGAAGCAGAAGGAGAUGGAGGAGCUCGUAAAGCAGCUGCAACGACUUCAAGCUAGGAGGCGAAUCUUAAAGGAGAGGAUAACAAAAUACAAAAUCUACGAGGACUACUUGCUAAAAACAUUGGAUUAUCUCCCAAACAAUCAUCCCGAGAAGGACUCAGACUGCGCGGUCACGCCCGUCAUCCAACGCCAUGAGACCCUCUCCUUCACCCACCAUCAGCUGCUGCAGCGUCUGGGCCGCAUGGAGGAGGAAGUGGAGUGGAGCAGGCGACAACUACACGCCAUGAAGCGAGGACACAGCAUGCAGAAAUUGAAGGCCAGUAAGGAACUUUAUGAACUUCAGAGGGAGUUGGAGAACCUCAGAGAGAAGAGCAAACAGGAAGAAGACAAACUAGUGAUGGAGCAAGGACAAUCCAGAAGGAAGGCUGAAGAAGCCGGAAGCCUCAUCAUGGCCAUCAACAACCUCGCCCAGGAGUGUUAUUUACCAGCGUAUGGACCUCUGGACAACAUGAACGUAUCAACAAUGAUGGACAUGGUGAAGGACUACUUUACGGACAAGACGGACACGGAGAAGAGAGCCAGGAGACUGAUGGAGUGUGGUUCCCUAGCGACGAGUAAAAGCGCUUUGACGGACAAGAGAGUGAGGGCAUCCAUGAACAGCUUUGGUAGUAAAAACCAAAUCAAAAGUCCAAGUAAAGUCAGCGGGAGGAGCGAGGAUUCCAGUUGAAAAGCAUCCAAAGUUAGUCAUCUAAGCUAUUAGCUAUUCUAAGCUAUUAGCUAUUCUAAGCUAUUAGCUAUUCUAAGCUAUUAGCUAUUCUAAGCUAUUAACUGCUGUCAAAAUGUUUACCAUCAAUGUUGUAUUCAUAUGAAAAUAAAACUUACUGUGAACUAACUAACUCAUGUGGCCCAAAUGUGAUAGAUAGAAUAGAUAGAUAGAUAGAUAGAUAGAUAGAUAGAUAGA